UAAAAAGGAUUAAUUUAUUUCAUUUAAUUCUAUUUGUUUACAAAUGGGGAGAUCUAAGAGAAGAAGAAAUGCAGAGAUAUCGCAAAGAUUAAAUGAGGAUAAAAAUUAUGUUGAAAAUAAAGAUUUACCAUUUACCAAAUUAAAUGACAAAUAUAUUUUAAUGCAUGUUAACAGUGGUACAAAGAAAGAAAAUGUCUUGAGGUAUGCAUUAGAGGAAUUUCCAAAGUUUACAAAUAUUAUUUGGCAUGGUGUUGGUCAAGCUGUUUAUAAAGUUAUUUCUUGUAUUGAAAUUUUUAAAGUUAAGUAUCCAGGAUUACAUCAAAUAAAUAAAUUACGUUACGUUCUAUCAAACAACAAGAAUGGAGGUGAUCGUUUUGUUCCAGAAAUUCAUAUCUUGUUAUCUAAAGAAGCUCAAGAUACUACAGAACUUGGAUAUCAGGCACCGGGUGAUACUGGACAAUUCAAUCUUCAAGGAAAUACCAAUUCAACAGAACCAAAUAUUACAGAUUUGGAUGUAGAUAAAAGUAACACUCUUGAGGAUGAUAAUAAUAGUAGUGCCAUUGAUAUUGAUUCGGAAACUUCUACUACUACGGAGUCAAAAUUUACAAAGAAGAGGCCAAAUAAAAAUCCAUUAUUGAAUCAAACAACAAAAAAGAAAAAGCAAUGAAAAAGAAUAAUAAAAAAAUACAGUAUAUUGUACUAUACGAAUCAAAGAUUUAGCCAUGUUGAAAUAUUAAUUUUCAUCAUAUCACUAGUCAUACAACAUGGACAUGGAUUGUAACCAGUACUUCAUUCAUAUCAAAUGAAAUGUGUCAUCGGUCUUUUAAUAUAUUAUCAAAGAUUUAAUAAGUCUUACAUA